UCUCAAUUAAAUUUAAAUUAAAUUUCUUUUCAAAAUCCACAAAACACGGCAUGGAUUCUUCCUCUCUACGGAGAAUUCAAUCUCUGAUCAGAUUCUCUUCGAUGUCUCCCUGAAACACUGUCGAGAGAGAGAGAGAGAUCUCGUAACGAUGGCGAGAGGAAGAGCGGGUGAGAAAGAGGAAGGAUCACUCGAGAAACACAUAGGCUUACUAAAGCUAGCUCAAACGCUGUCGUUUCUUCUCAUAUUCAUGGCCGGAAUCAUCAUCGGACUCGCCGCUAGCUCCCACAUCGAUCGCUACUUCAAUUCUCUACCUCAGAUGCUAUCAUCAUCAUCAUCCUCCGCCAACCUUCAGACGAUCCCUGAUUACUCCAAUUGCACAGUCAUCCACCGUGAUUGCUCAAACGACGACGACGACGAAUACGGAAAAGCGGCGGAGAAGAAGAAGCCUAAGAUUCGAGAUUGCUGGAGCGUCGACGGGUUUGUUCGUCCGGAGAACGUGAGCCAUAGGAUGAGAGACGAGGAGCUGUUCUGGAGAGCAUCGAUGGUUCCGGUGAAGGAGGAGUAUCCGUACGACAGGGUUCCCAAGGUCGCGUUCAUGUUUCUGACGAGAGGGCCUUUGCCUAUGCUUCCGCUCUGGGAGAAGUUUUUUAGAGGGAACGAGAAGUACUUGUCGGUUUACGUUCACACGCCUCCGGGUUACUACAUGAAUGUCUCGAGUGAUUCGCCUUUCUACAACCGGCAGGUUCCGAGCCAGGCUUCUUUUCUCACGACACUGAGAAUGAAAGUUGCAUGGGGAUCCCCACUAUUGACAGAUGCAGAGAAGCGUCUUCUAGCCAACGCAUUGCUCGACUUCUCAAAUGAGCGUUUUGUGCUUCUCUCGGAAAGCUGCGUCCCUGUCUACAACUUCACAACCGUCUACUCUUACCUUAUAAACUCUGCUUACAGUUUCGUCGACUCUUACGACGAGCCAACACGUUACGGCCGUGGCCGUUACAGCCGCAAGAUGCUCCCAGAUAUCAAACUACAUCAUUGGCGCAAAGGGUCUCAGUGGUUUGAAGUGAACCGUAGAAUCGCCAUCUACAUCAUCUCUGACUCAAAAUACUACUCAUUAUUCAAAAAAUUCUGCAGACCAGCUUGUUAUCCAGACGAGCAUUACAUCCCAACGUUACUCAACAUGUUUCACGGUUCGGUGAACGCGAAUAGAAGCGUGACGUGGGUGGAUUGGUCCAUAGGAGGUCCGCAUCCAGCUACGUAUGCGGCAGAUAAUAUCACAGAAGGGUUUCUACAGUCGAUAAGAAAGAACGAGACGGAAUGUCUUUACAAUGAAGAGCCAACUUCUUUAUGCUUCCUUUUUGCUCGGAAGUUUGCUCCUAGUGCCUUAGCUCCUCUUAUGAACUUGAGCUCUACAGUCUUGGGGUUUUGAGUAAACAGAUGACUUCUUUUUUUUCUACUUUUAUAGGGAUGAGAUGAGAUGAGAUUCUUCUGCGAGAUAUAUACAUAGGUUAUGAUGAUCUCUUCUUUAUACUUUUUUUUAGUUAUGAGUUCUUUGGUUAUGAUCUCAUAAUGUAAAGGUUGAGCCUUUUGUAUGUAAGAGUUUUGCUUCUCCCGA